GUACACGUUGGCUUGUUAGUGGUAGCAACCAGCUGGAGGUCUCCUCUAGCGGUGUUUUGGUUCGGUCGAGCCCACUUUUCAAGAUGACAGCGAGGAAAUCCGGCUCACGACUCGAGACAGAGAUAGAGAGGUGCCGUUCAGAGAGUCAGUGGGACAAGAUACCAGAGUUGGUGCGACAGCUCUCGGCCAAACUCAUAUCCAACGGUAAGAAACAUGCGGGCUUCUCUGUCGGUCCUUCAUUCAGUGUGGAGGCCUCUCCUCCCUGGGACUCAGUCCUCGGUACUUCCUGACAUUGGCGACCGAUGUCAGGAGUUUUUCUGAGCCAGACUCUGGUUACAGCUUAUUAGGUCAGAAUAGAGACUCGUUGUAUUUCAUGUUGUGCUCCGAAUUGGCGUUUUGGGGAUCUAUGUAGUCCACACUGUGCUAUGCUUUAUCCUCUAAUUUAGAGAACUAACUGCAAACAGCAGACCCAGAAGUCUUGACAGUUCUGCCCCCUUGGUUCGCCUUUCCUCCAAACGGAACUCUAUUAAAAAUGUCAUCAUGUUAAUAUUGUCUUCCUUUCUUGUCGAAAUGACUUCCUAAAAACGAGGAUUUAGUCUUGAAUCCUGGACUCACAUCGAAACUAGCUUCACAUCUGUUAGCUGUUCGGCUGUUUGCUUCAUGCUAGCUGUCAAACUGUAUAUAAACACAGGAGAAACUCUUGUUGAGCAUAGAUGCUGUCAUUUUGUCGCAUUUCUAGACUGUGUUCAAGGUUUACAGCCAGGGAUAUCCAAGUGAAGCUUAUUUAUAAAGCAUCACUCAAAACCAGAGCAGUGUUACAUACUUUACAGAGUAAUAGACAAAAUAACAAUAGCAUUAACAGCACUACAUAUGACAUUUUGAUAAAUAUGCAACACAUUAAAAUGUAAGAUCAAUUAAGGAGGGCAUGAAACAGGAAGAAAAAUAAAAUCCAAUUAUUACAAUUAUUUGAAUAUCCUAAAAUUGUAUGAAUACUGAUAUAUUCCCUUUGUGUGUCUUGAGUUUUAACAUACAUACACAGAUUCAUCUACUCCCCUUGCCUUGAGUAAAGUGGAUGCACAGUUUGUGUCAGACACAGCCCAAGCUUCCCUGAAAACCUCAUACAGGGGACUGUGUUGAUACAAUCUACCCACAGUCUUUACACUUGGACUCACAAGAGUUUAUGCUCUGAAGUCACUGACAAUAGAGUCCUGUUCUGGAUUGUGAUUCAUCACCUGAUCUUAUCUAGAAUUUAAUCCUGAUUAUUAAUUCACCCCUUGGUCCUGUAGCUUAAUGCCCAUGCAGGUUAAUUCACCCAUAGAUUUAGAGUUGCAGGUUACCCAGUGUCAAAUCACAGCUUCCAGGCUGGCUCAGGACUUCCAAAUACCUCCACAGGGGCACUUCACACAGUCCAACAAGCAUCUAUCUAAUCACAUAAUUGAAUUGUUUGAAAUUAAUGUAAAUCUAUCAUGAAUAGGUGUUGAAAUAUUAAAUUGAAAACCAUUAAAAUAAUGUAUUGCAGUUCCUAAAAACUCAUUAAAAGUGAUUAAUAUUGCAAAGUUUUGUAGGUUAGAAAAAUGAUAAAAAGUGAUUUAAAAAAAAAACUUGCAUCCAUUUGUAGGAAGAUCAAGUUUAGCAAAGAAACAUAUUAGCUCAGACUUGAGUUCAAACUUAAAAUUGGUCAGAGUCUGGGGCAGUUUACCAUAAUCUGGGAGAUGAACACAGGUAUAUGCUGCUCAAUAACAAUGGUUGCAGUAUCCAUAGAUAUCAGUUUUGAUGUAGAGCUGCUUUUAAUGCAACAGAACUCUAAGAAUUGUGGAAAAACAUUAAACCGUCCCAUCUCAUUGUAUGAUCUAAGUCUACCCACUUCCAUCACUCUGCCAUCCACAUAUCACUUAUGGGAGUCUCGUCGAUUCAACAGAACAGGCGACAGAAGCGAGAGCCUCUAAUGCUCUACCUGGUCUUAAGUUGAGGCUUUUUAUGCUUCUGUAUCUUGUCUACACAUUGUGAAUCAUUGGUUACAGUCCAAUAGCAGGUAAAGAAGAUAAAGUUGGGCUACAGUCAGAAGUGUGAGGCACAGCUUUGCAGCUCUGUGUUAAAUUACUUUGUUUCAUAGCUGCAUGUGAACAUAAUUAAGAUGGAAGGAAGCUUCAGCAGCCUCAUGCGAAUCGCUGAGGAAUAAAUCAUAAAUGAAGACUGUGAAGGCCAACCUGUUGGAGCGCUCCUGAAUUUGAAAAAUGUGAUCAUUAACAACCAUGGCCGAGGGGGCAAUUAGAGAAAUUGAUUCUGUUUUAUGGUUUAUGUGCAUGUGGUGAGAACCACUUCAGGAUUUUGACUCUCCAGACAAAUGAACAACUUUUAAGCACAAGAAUUCCAGGUGGCCUGGUGAAUUUGUUUGAGAAUGCCUGAUCUGAUUUGAGGCUAAACCAGAAUGCAAGAGAGGUUUGUUGUGAGCUUUACUUAAACAUUAUUGUCCGUUUCCGUCUGAAACUGUAGAAUGGUUGAAAAUGUUUUCCUUUCAUUAUUUUAAUGCGAGUUUCUGCAGAUAUGUGAUUGCACGUGUACAUGACCAAAACAAGAUAGCUGACCAUGGAACAGUUGUACACGAUUAGAAUUUAGCAGUCAACUUCUGAACACUGUGAAACUGUUGUUAUUAUGAAACUGCACUGGCACAUGAGAGCUGUGAGCUCUGGUAACUGACUGGGAUCAGAAACAGGAUUACUUAUCUUUCCACCCUUUGAAACCCUGAAUACUCUCAAACACUCAAUUCACAAGUUUGUUCAGGCUGUGCAUAAUUCUGCCUGGUAUGUGUGUUGCAGUCUUUCCCCAUGUUAAUGCACCUGAACUGAAGCCAACUACAAAGAGAAUUUUCAUACUGCCGAUUUUCAGGACCGGGACUAAUCCCAGAGGGGACAUGCAUAAUGUUUAGAAAUGCUUUUAUUUGUAAAAUUAUCUGAUAGAAUGUCAGAGAAAUAGUGUGUUUUUUUUUCUUUAAGAUGAGCUCCAUGUUUCCAUAAAGUCAGUUGGUCACUGAAACAAAGUCUGUCAUGUUUGUUUUGGAUGCUGAAUGAUAUGUAAAAUUCUGAUAUUAUCCCACUUGUUCCUGUGUAGUGAUUUGACUUCCUAAUUAUUGUGUUAACACACAGAUAAAGACACAAAACAUGAACUUUUUACAAAGCACCAGGAAAACUACACCACAUUUAACCACAUGUCAAACAGUCAACAUAUACUUUUAUAGAACAUUUGUUAAGGUGCUUUUUGCCAUCUUGUGUGUAGAGGUUCACAGUAACAGCAUUAGAUCACCUGAAGGGUUCAUUUGUAAUCACACCUGAGCAUAAUAGCUCAAAAUAAGAAAGCUAUUAAAAAGAUUGCAGUUGGUUUUUAAUGAGUGAGUGAUACACAUCUACCUGCUAUUUACAAGCUACAUUUUACCAGCAUUUAGCUGCUAAAUUUGAACCUAGAUUCUAAUGGUAUCUAGGCUCAAACCUGCAGAAGUUUAUGUUGCCAUCUACUCCAGAUGAACAGUCUGAAUAACCCUUGGAUUAAAUAUGUGCUCAUCUAAGACUGGUAGUUAAUCAAUUUUAGACCUAAGUGAUCACCUGAGAUAUGGAGUGACUUUGUUUACUAACCCUAAAGUGGAGUGGUGGUGAGACAAAGUUUGUGCAGCUGUGUGUUAAUGGUUCUUGUGCUGAAUAUUGUACGUUUAUGUGCACACAGAUGACCUAGGGGAGCUGUUGCUGGGAGAAUGCAAGCUUCAGACGUACCUGAAGGAAAACCCCAUCAAACAGGGAGCCAGUCCAAGGGGCCCGAGACCUAAACUGGUGGAGGUCAGAAAACACCUCACUGCUGCACUGGACAGAGGAAAUCUUAAGGUAACUGUGAGUGACAAGAUGGUAAACGCAUUGAGUAAACAGCUCGUUGUUUAGGUCUUGGCAAUAUUUCACACUUUUGUAUGUUCAUGUUUUUAUACUUCUACACAUUAUGAUCACAUCACAAUCCUGAUCCUUUUGUUGUCUGUCCUGUAGGCUGAUUAUUUGCAGGAAGCUAGCCUGUUGAUGGCCAAACUGUGUUAUGUGGAGGGAGAAUACAGAGACGCUUUAGGUAAUACACAUAUUUCUUUGGGUUUCUAUUCCAUCUGUUAUUUUUGUUCAUGUUCCUGGUUUUGAAAAUGCAGUUUUGUUUGAACAUGAAAUAACACUUAACUUAUCUGAGUAUUAACCGAUACAUAAUUGAUGUAUUGGCAGGUCACUAUGGCAGAGUGAACCUUGAUGACAUGCAGCUGGUUGGAGCUCCUGUGUACAGACUGUCUAUGAUUGCAGAGGCAUAUGCCACCAAAGGUAUGGACUGUUGUAUACACAUGCACACCUGGUCAUUGUUAUGGCUCUUCACAGUCAACAGCAAAGUAGUCAGGUGUUCUGUUUUCAUGUUGUCCUUCCAUGCAACCAUUCACCUCACUGCUGUAAAUGAUGCUUAGUAAUUACUUUGAGAGUAUGUCUUCCACAUGCCUUAUGCCCUGCCUGCAGGUUAUAGUUCAUAUGCCUGUGCUGGUUACACAAUGCUCCAGUUGAGGCAAUCAGACAGAGUGCAUACAGCUUAACCUUCAUUUCCAUAUCUAAAUACUAAACCAAGAUGCCAUCUGUUGUCUGUGUUGGUUUAUAUACCAAUAUUGGGGAAUUACAGUAGAAUGGCAGUCACCAUUAACCGCAGCUAGUGGCAGGUGACUUUGCUGCAGUGUGGACACAACAUGUCUUUUCAGGCCUACAAUGAUAAAAUAUUAAUCACUCAUACCAAUUUGUAACACCGGUGCCAACUAGAGAGGGUGACAACACUGAAAUUAUAGACAACUCAUUGCGCACAUCCUUAACAUCAUGUUGAGAAUAGGACGGGGUAGAAUAUCUUUGUUGUCAUUGCACCAAGUACAAUGAAACUUGGUCUCCAGCUUUCAGUUGUGCAACAUUAAGAGAAAAAGGAGAAAAAGAGACAAUUUAAAAUAGACAAAAUGAUGCAAAUAAGCAACACAAUAAUAAAUAAAUGGAAAAAAGUAGUUAUGUUGAAGCAGCAGUUAUGAUGGUGGCUGGUGGCUUGACAUCUCUGCAUCGCCUGGACAAAAUUUCAAAACAGCUGGUUUAUUUUAGAUUUUUGAAUGAUGCCAUUCUUUAUUAUCUAGCAGAAAAUCUCCACUUGAUAUUCUACUCACACACCUGGUCUGACUUGAUAAGAUUUGAUUAGUAACCAUAUACUCUGCAGAGAAACUGAGGAAGGGUCACCCUGGUGUUUUCAUGUCCGAGAAACUGCUCACCUCCCAAUAAUCCAGUUCAUCCAGAUAGCUGCACUACUACAGAUCUCCACAUGGGGGCAGUGUUAUAUAGGCAAUACUGAGCAGCUCUGGAAGAAACUGUAAUAUGAAUAAGUGUCCCAUAGUUACAUAUGAGGCAUCUCUUGUUGCUUUUGGAAAAUAUAUUGAAUUUGCAUUUUGAAUUUUAGCAUCAAAUUUACCUUUGAUCUUAUUUUAUAAUUAUAUAUGUAUCCAUGUAACAGGCUAUACUGUUAUUUAUAACCAAAGCCUUUUGUUUGAAAUGACUAUCAUUCAUUUAUCAUGGGUUUAGACAUGUAGUAGAUGAAUUUGAAGUCAUCAGUAGUGUAGGGUGACAAUGAGUGUAAAAUCUACAAAAUCUACAAAACCAGACCUGCUGAUUCUUGUACCAUGACUUCUGCUUCUUUUUGCUAUUUUUGGGCCAGCCUGAUUCGCUCUCCCUCUCGCCCCUCAGGACUGUGUUUAGAAAAGGUCCCUGCUGCCUCUCCAUCUCUGUCCAAUAAGAACACAGGAUCUCCAUCAUCUAACAGGAGCACAACAGAUCGGGAGCAGGAAAUCAUCACCUGCUAUGAAAAGUCAGGAGACAUCGCUCUGCUCUACCUGCAGGAGGCUGAGAAGGUAAAUGUUUUGCUUUGUUGUUUUACUAUCAUUCUUGUUUGAAAACCAUCUACUGAAUUAUUUUCUCUCAUGGUGUCACACAAUUACUCUCCAAAAGUCUUGUAAGUGACUGGACUUCAAAGUGCUCUGCUCCCUGUGGGGGUGUGAUAAAUAAUCUGCUGACAGUGCAAAAGUUUGACUAAUGCAUUCUGUCACUGACGGCCAGCUGGCUAACCAAUCCUUUUUUUCUGUAUCUGAAGAAUGUAAACAACAGUUAACUCUAGUGAAAGACAAGAGGAUCCAACUAAAACAAAAAUCCUCUAGACAAUUUUUGAGCCCACCUGAGAAAAAACUACUUCUAUAAGGGGAUUUGCAUUGGCUCCUCGAUACAUAAUGACAGGUUCUGCACAGGGAUACAUCUGUUCUCUCCUACACCACUGUAGGUUUUCUUCAGUGUUGCAGAAUCAAGUAACAUAGACAAGACAAGAAAGAAGGAAUAACUGAAGGAAGUUUAAUGUACCAACAAGAGACAUGCUGCUACAGCCUCAGCUAUAACAUCUCAGCUGUUUCCUCCUCCUGGUCAGGGUUAGGAUCUGGGUCAUAUAUGUAGUGCCAUGACCUGGGCUCCCCUGGUGCACUUGCCAGGCGUUGAGGAUGAUACAUUUCGAAAAGGCUCUUUCAAACUAACUUAGAUCUAAAACUUAAUAAAUACAUAUUUUAUCUUCCAUUUAAAAACACUUAAUUCUUAGACAAAGAGUUUUAAAGAAUUCUCUCUUGAUUGUUUUGACAUUAGCUGCUGAUAUUUGUUGUCUUUUAAUGGAGCCCCCUGAGCCCUGACCACUUUAAAGUAGAAUUUAACUUGUUUACACACGUUACGAGAAGUUAACAGUUAACUUUACCUGUUUGCAUCAGCAGGUAUUUUUUUUCAUAUAUUAAUUAUUUCUAAGAUUUUAGGGCAAACAGCUGUGCAUAUCUGAACAUAGUUGUGACUGUGGCUGUUUGCUAAGCGACAAGGCUCUGGCCUAAAAUUCACCUCUUCCUCUCUCCUGCUUUUUUCCUCAUCCCCCCAGAUAAUUGUUGGAGGAGUCAGCACAGUGUUAAUUUAGAAAGUUAUGACAUUAAAUGUUCGUCAAAGGCAUUUUUUAAUGACAAAGACAAGACAAUGAUGAGCUGAGAAUUCACUACUAAUAAUGAAAACUCACAAGCAUAAGUUUUGCUUUCAUUACCAAGACGAGGUGGGACUUAAAAGUUAGGGGUAGACCAUUUCACAUUAAAGUCCCAUGAUAUUUACUCCCCCAGUUUAGUAUUUGAUACACUUUGACAGCCAUUGUUUCUUCUGCUGUUAACUGCUGUUGGUAGCUCCUUGUCAAAUCCUAAAUUUAUCACAGUUUAGAAAGUUUAGUGAGAUGUUUCACAGCUUUGAUCAACUCUGAAUCAUCAGAGACUAUGUUGCAGCUUAGAGCACAAUGAAGUGAAUGUUUGUAAAGAAUGCCUGCCACCACAGCUGGGGACCACAAGUACACAAAGCCCUUUCUUUUCUGAACACACGUUUGUUCAUUGCGCUUUAUUUUAAGUCCACAAAACAGGAUAUAGCCAGAGUGUCCGCAGAAAGAGGGUUUUGCGACUUGUCGUCUCCAAAGUGGCUUAAAUUUGUUCACAUCAUACAGGAUUAUAAGCACUCUCCAAUAGAGUUAAAUUGCUAAGCCCCGAAAAACAGCCCUGCACCAUUAUCCCCCACCAAACACUGCAGUGGGUCUCAUCUUCUUGGCAUCCACCAAACCUAGAGACAUCUAUCAGACUGCUAGGUAGUGAGGUAUGAAUCACCACUCCAAAGAACUUUUUUCAUUGCUCCAGAGUGCUGUUGCAGCAAGCUUUACACCACUAGAGGGUUCAUGGUAUUGCAGAUGGUGAUGUGAGGCUUUUAUGUGCCCGCAUUGCCAAAGAAACUUGAUUCACCGAGCUCCUGAUGCACCGUUUGAGAGCUGAUUUGUUUCCAGAGGCAGUUUGGAGCUCUGCAGAGUGAUGCAAUAGAUUACAGGUGAUUUUUAUGCAGUGAGUUUGGCUGAGCCGUUGAUGCUCUGAGGCACUUCUCAACAACAGUACUUGACACUUGUAUCAGGUAUGUUAUGUUGUAGAUCAAGUAUGGCAGAAAUUUCACAGAGUAAUGUUUGGCAAAUGUUGCAGUCUAAUGCAGUGCUGUGUAGAAAUCAGAUAAGCUCUUGAUGUGUGUUUUAGAGACUCAGUGACUUUGUGUUGGACUUGAAAUGACUGCUGCUUUACUACAUUGCUACAGACCAGAAUUAGUAAGGGUAUCCUCUGACUUUGUGCUUGACUUCUCUGAUGUAAUGAUGCUUGGAGACCUUUGUAUUGAGUGUUUGGUUCUUUUCAGUUGGGAAGUGUUCAGGCAAAGCUUGCUCCAAGUUUUCAUUUUUCAUUUUUUUUUUAAAAAUUACAUUUACACCUCUUACCGUUUGACUGUAUUUCUUUUUCUGCAGGCUUUGUCAGCAGGAAUCCAGAACCGCAGCCCCAAGCCUGGCCCCACUUCCCAGGACCUGGAACUAGGCUACUUCCUGGAGACAGGCCUACAGAGAGCCCAUGUCAUCCACUUCAAAAACGGGUAGGAUAAUUGGCAGCAGAGACAUAGAUAGGGCAGUGUGUUAAGAGUGUGUUUACACUCUUGUAAAAAAUUUCUACUUCAUGUCUCUUUAGAUGGCUGUCAGUUGCCCAGCAGAAGCAAAGACCAACCCUUUGUGGGCACUGUCCACCCACUUUGCACUCAUCGAGUUUUCAAGCUGCUGACAGCUUGAUAAAAGAAAAAAAAGUGUGAAAAAUAACAUACGCAGUGCAGCAGAAAGUAGUUGUUGUUUUCAGUUGCAGGGCUGAGCUAAAUGAACAAACUCUUAAGUUAACUACAUAAACCUGCACUAUUUUCUGUCUUUGUAGCUGUGUCUUCACCCAGUGUUGGUUUAUUGUUUUUGAAACUAUCUGUGAAGAUAGUUCAAGUAAGGAAUAUAAACUCCCACAGACGGCAGAUGAGCCUUUUCCCCUUGAAUUUGACUUGAGUGUCUGAGUUUAAACUUCAUCACACAGGGAGUUACAAAUUCAAACUCAAAGGAGAAUUUACUUUACUGAAAUCGCCUUUCAGAAUUCCUGACUAGAACAACUCUUAAAAGCUCGCUCUCAUUCGAAGCCGCCAGCAUGUCAAAUUAGCUAGCACAGCAUGAAAUAUCCAACAAACAUAAACAAACAUCAAAGACGUAAGAUGUGAAUGUUAAUGUUCAAAUGUAGUGAACUUAAGUUUCCAGCAUCACCUGAAGACAAACUUUUGCUGUGUCAUGUCUCAGGAAAAAAAAAACAUCUACUGAUGAUGCUGCUAAAUCUUCACAAGUACACUGACUCGCACUGUGAUAAAACUUUGGCUGGAAGUUUGCAAAUGACGGUUCUGUGAUAAUUUAAAAAAAAUGCAUGCUACACAUUCUGACCUAUGGCUUUCUUUUUGUUUCUUCACCACCUUCAUAUAGAAACCUUACCCGAGGUGUGGGGCGGUUUCGUGAGAUUCUUCGGGCUGUCGAGACCAGAACCACCCAGAGCCUGCGCAUGGUAAGGAAGGAUGUGGGAGACUGUCUUUGGUUUGGUCUCUACUGAGUUAGUGGUAUAUGAUUUGACUUAAAUUUCUUUUUCACUCUGUGGCUAAGACUUAUCUUUAUGAAAGUGCUGGUGGUUAGAGGAAGAAAAAAAGAGGCAUUUACCCCUCCAUUUCUUCCUUUUUAUGCCCUUUAAGAAAUAACGUUGCAGAUCUUACUUUACAGGUGUUGUUCUCUGACCAAGCUGAGCUGUUUAUCCAAAAGACUUCAGCAGUUUGUCAGUGUGGCUGUCACAAUCUUGUUUUCUGGACAGAGAACUAUUUUGAGUUGGAAUGAGAGGGUGGAAUAGGGGAGGAGUGAGACGUUGGCAAGUGCUGAGUCAUCAGCUGAUGCUGACACUAUCUUGGUCCGCUAGCUUCCUCUGUUUCACAGUGUGACUUUGAUAUUUCUUGGGAUUCCUCAUUUUGGCCCACAAAAAGAAGGCAGAAAAAAAGGUGCACAUGGAAAAAAGUUAAGCCGCCUCCCUUUGGCAUCCUUUAGCAACAUUUUUAUAUCAGGUGUAUCCUUUUUUUUUCUAAAAGCACACUCUUUUUUUUAUUUAUUCUGCUCCAAAUGAGAUUUUAUGCUACAAAAACAAAUGUCAUAUUAUGUUAAGGAAGAUUUACAACUCUGAAUGAAGAACAUACAUUCAGGAGGAAAAUCUGGUUUGUCUCUAUCCAGUCAGACUUCAUCUGUGACUAGAGCCACUCCUUGUAGGUCAUAAGUAAUUGAGGUCAAAGACACUUAUUUUUGUAUUUCACUUUUCCUACCUUGUGGACACAUCUUACUUAUACAUUAUUCAUUCUUAUUUUGUUUGAUCCUGUUUCCACUCUUCCUUUGUGAAGGAAACUGGCUCUUCUUACUUAUGCCAAAUAUAGGCUCAUGUUAAAUUUACUGUUAGCUGCAGGUUUCAAAAAGGUUUGGACAAGGGCAUGUUCACUAUUGCUCCUUAGUUUUCUUUUGUCCUACUUUUUGGUUGCAUGCCACACAUUGUGACAAGAUACAACUGCAGUUAAGCCCCCCAAAAAGUCAAAUUCUGAUUCCUUGGACCACAGAACAGUUUUUUACUUCAGCUCAGGCCAUCUUAAAUGGGCUUGAACCCAAAGAAAUCAGCCGCAUUUCAGGAUCAUACUUAGGUACAUUCAUUUUUCUGUGGUACAGUUUCAAGUGGUACAGUGGUUUUGGAAGUGACUUUGAGUUCAAGCAAGGAUUUUGUGUUUCAGAGUCCUGUCUGUGUUUGAAACAGUGCCACUCGAAGGAUUCACAGUCAUCUGUAUUGAUUCUGUUCUUUUUAUGCAGAGAUUUCUGCGGAAUCUCUGAAUCUUUUAAUAAUAUCAUAUACUGCAGAUGACAAAAAUUCACAAUUUUCAGUUUCACACUGAGGGACAGGAUUCUGGCAUUGUUGAAUUACUUACCUAUCUUAACUUCGAAGGACUUCUUCUUUCACAGUGAUACCCAGCAUUAUCCAGACUGCUUCACUCUGGAAAAUUUGAGUUUUAUUGUUGUUUUAUUAAAAACUUUGCCUCCCCCUUUUUCCAGAAGUGCAUGUUUCAAUGGAUGAAAGAAAACCCACGACAGGCUAUUGAAGUAUUAUUUUUUGUGCAUGAUGACUAAUGAAUUAGCUGUAUAUUAGAAGCAGUAUAAGCACCCAAAUAACAGAUUGCUGAUAUGUUGGUACUGGAGUGUCUUUGCCAAAUUUGCGUGUGUGUGUGUGUGUUUGUAUGUGUGUACCUGCAGACCAUAGCCAGACAGCUUGCAGAGAUCUUGCUCAGAGGAAUGUGUGAACAGAGCUACUGGUCUCCUCUUGAAGACCCUCCAACAGUGUCACCAUUAGAUGAUCCGACACGACAAGGACACACUCAAUGCAAAAACUACAGCCUGAGUCGACGCCCACGAGUGUACUCAGGAGAGAAGUAAGUGAUGAUGUGUGUUUGCUGAUAUUAAGCAGGAAGUACAGUCAAAAAUGAGCCAAGAUGGAUCCUAAACAAAACUGUUGCCUGUGUACUUGUCUACCAGUUACUCUAGAUCAUUCUCUGAUGAUUUGUCCUCCAUUUGUCCCUUUUCUCUUCCUCUCAUCCUUGUCCAUCUCCAUCUGUCCGACUCUCUUGGUGCAUUGCUUUCUCUCAGUCUGUUUUGCCCCCAAGAGAACACAGAAGAGGCUUUGCUGCUGCUGCUCAUCAGUGAAUCCAUGGUGAGAAAGAAACACUCUUUAGAAAAGUUUUACACCCCUCUGUAAAGCCCUGUGUUUGCAAAGUUCAUGAUCAAGUGCCAUUUUUGUAGCUAUACCUGUGCUUGUGUGAUUCAGGCAAACCGUGACGCUGUCCUGAGCAGAAUUCCUGAACACAACAACGAUCGUAUCAUCAGCCUACAGUCUGCCUCUGUGGUGUACGACCUGCUGACUAUAGCUCUGGGCAGGAGAGGGCAGUACGAGAUGCUAUCAGAGGUGAGUAAUCCCUCUGUGGACUGCUUAGUCACAGUCGUAGUGAUUGUAGAAAGUGUUUCAGCCCACACCCUUAGUCCACCCACAUAAAAUUACACUUUAAUUCUUUUUCACAUUCAUCUCCCUUCACAAAUUAAUGUUUUAUUGCAGUCUAAUUGGCUCGACAAAGGCUGGCUAGAUGAAACUGAAGAGAAACCUGAUAACACUAAUGAAAUUUGUCCUUUGUUCACUGUCCCUAGUGUUUAGAGAGAGCCAUGAAGUUUGCCUUUGAAGAGUUCCAUCUGUGGUACCAGCUCGCCCUGUCUCUAAUGGCAGCUGGGAAAUCAGCUCGAGCCGUUAAAGUCCUGAAGGAGUGUAUUCGACUGAAGCCUGAUGACCCCACAAUCCCACUGCUGGCUGUCAAACUGUGUAUUGGACCUCUGCACUGGGUAAGGACAACUUUGUAGACAUACACUCAGCAAAGCCUGUCAUCAAAGUAUCUUUUAGGCUUUCACUGACAAUCUCUUCAGCAUUUGUUUAAAGGAAUAUUCCGGCGUGAAAUCAAGUUAGCGUCAAACACACUGUAACAACGAGUUAAACACCCCCUCGAGUUAUGAAUGUUGAAUGACCCCAUGAUAGCAAUACACAGCGGUCUAUGGGUCCACACGCAAACCUCAACCAAAACGCCACAAUUAAUGCUCAGAACAGCACCUAACUUCAAAAACAUAUAGGGUCCCAGUCAUAGUACUAGCCAUCAAACAUCUUUUUAGCUUUGCCUGGUUUCUUUAGCAAAGGGAUCAGAUACAACUCACCUACUCUCCUCCAGCAGCCGCUUGUUUGUGGGGGAGCCCUGAUGAGUCGAUCAAUGAGUGCAGUAGAUCAUUUGCUUGAAGUCAUAACCAUCAUAUUAAUCAUUUUGCACUGCAGAUGCGAUAGUUCUUCUGCCUUAGCAUCUCUGUCUGAUUGCAUUUCCAUGAAGAAAUGCUCAUAAAUGUUCUUCCUUGAGCUGCGAAACUCCGCUGCACUCGUUGAUCGACUCGUCAGGGCUCCCCCACAAACAAGCAGCUGCUGGAGGAGAGUAGGUUAGUUAUGUUUAGUCUCUUAGCUAGAGAAAUUAGGCAAAGCUAAAAAGAUUUUUGGUGGCUAGUGCUAUAGCCGGGACCCUAUAUGUACUGUUGAUGAAGUUAGGUGCUGUUCUGAGCAUUAUUUGUGGCUAUAGAGUGGCGUUUUGGUUGACGUUUGCAUGUGGCUCCGUAGACCGCUGUGUAUCGCUAUUAUGCGGUUAUAACUAAAAGUUGGUUUAACUAGAGAAGCAAGCAGUCGGCAACAUUCAUCUCUCGAGGGGGUGUCUAACUCAGUGUUACGGUGUGUUUGACCAUAACUUAAAUUUACGCCAGAAUAUCCCUUUAACAUGGGAAAAGGAGUGUUAACUGGUCCCAGGCCUGGUCCUGAUUGUUGGAUUCAAAGCGUUCGGUUGAAGAGCUAAUGUUUACAUUCAACCUGAUAGAAAGUAGCAGUACGUAGUGCUGUGAAGUUACACAAGUAAUGUGAAGCUUGACAAGGUUUUUUUUCCUUGGAGAAUACAAUACCUGCAUAUCCAGGGCAGGAUCAAGGAGAGGUAGAGCCUUGAAUAGACAGAAAACAUAAAUGCAUAAGGGAGUUAUGAUAGUGUAGGGGCAAAAACAGGACUCAUUAUUCUAUCCACAAGCAACCAAAUCUGGGAACUGAGAGCAAAACAAAGGAGAUAAAAUGUACAGAUAUAAAGAAUGUAGAGUUUCACUGCCGUCACAUACAGAUGCUUAUCUUACAUACCCAUAAAUGAUUGCUGCAGUAAUAAUUCUCCAUCCUCUCCUGUUACAAUCCAGCUGGAUGAGGGGGAGUGCUUUGCAAAGAUGGUGAUUGACAUGGGGGAGAAAGCAGCUGAAUUCAGAGCCAAAGGAUACCUGGCUAUUGGGCUGGUUUACAGCCUCAAAGCCACUGAUGGUAAGUCCUCUGCCUAUUUUUGUGCAUCUCUGAAUCUUUAGACUGAUGGUGUGGAUAAUCUAAAACACUCUCGUGCUUUUGUGGUGUCGUGUACCUUUAUCCCACCUACUCUAACAAUGCAGUUUGAGCCAUAAUUCUCAGAUGACUCAGGAUUUAUCCAUUUUGGUCUCAUAUUCUCCAAUGGUUGAUUUCUAUCGUCUGUGUAUAGCACUGUGUAUCUUCACUGAUUGUCGCACUGUUUUAUCUGGUUGUAUCGUGUAUCUGACUGCUCUCUGUCAGUCUCUGCCUGUCCCUGACUGUCUCUCCGUGUCUCUCCAGCAUCGUUGCGAAGCAUGCAGGAGGAGUACCAGCGGAAAGCUUUGGGAGCCUUCCAGAGGUUGGGACUGAGCCAUGCAGCUCAAUAUUUCCUCUUUUACACCCACAUUUUCCCUCAGAGUGAUUUUUGUCAAAGCAGAGACAGCUUCCCAGUGCAACAACAUUAAAACAGCUCUGACUGUAUUACCUCACAAAUCCAUCCAACAGUGCCCUUUGAUUACAGGAUGCAGGGAACUAAAACAAAGAAUUUAAUAACAACAAAAAGAAAUACCUAUAAAAGUCUAUGCAAAUAAAAGAUAUAAUAUAGAGGGUUUUAUUUUACAGCAAAAAGAUGUAUUCAAACAUUUUUUAAUGAACAGGCUUUCUGUUUCUGUGUCCUGCAGCAUGUGACGUUUCAUUGUCUAACUGUUGUUGCAUUUUCAUCGGUUAAAGAAAGAGUUCAGUGUUUGUUACACCAAAGUCAGCAGUAAAACAUCAAAAAGUGACCACCAGUGAAGAUUACAUAGUCAUUUACUGAAGCUUGUCACCUUCUUUAUCACAUUGAAGUCUAACAAAGUUUUAUGCAAAGCCUUGUGAGCAUCACCUUAAAGGUAUGGUGUGUAGAACUGAAAUAUCCAGCAGUAUCUAGCAGUCAGAUUCUAGACUGAAAGGCUCUACUGCUCACUUCUACCAUAGGAUACAAGUAUGGUCUUCUAUCUGUCAAGUUUUCUCCAUCAAAAAUGUCUGAACAGUGCCAAUUCUUUUACACAUAACCCCUCUCCUUCUUUGUCUCCCAAUUGGUGCAUUUUGUAUAAAUACCAAAACACAUCAGUCACUAGUCACUAGUGCAGCCUCUGUGGAAGGGAACCCACUCCUGUGAAGAUAUAAAAGGCUCAUUUUAAGUUAACUAAAUCUAAAAGAUUGUCAUAUUCAGGUUAUUAUAUGCUAGUUUAAACAAACUGAUAAAUGUAAUAUUUACUCUAUUAAUCCUACUACACACAGCACCUUUUAAAAGUUAUAAAGUAGUCAGUUUUUUAGUAAAGAAAAGGAGGCAGAAGGAAAUUUCAGUAAAGGAAAUACUGCACAAGCAUUUACAAGGAAAGGCACGAUGCAUUGCUUCAUCCACAAGGGGUGCCAGAGCCAAGACAAUUAAGCUCCUCAUAGCUUUGUCAGUACUUAACAUGUUUGAGCGGAUGAAAAUUUUCAACCAUGUAAUAAGCAAUGUUUUGGGGUCAGAAAGUUUCUAAAUUGUAUAAAGUUCCCAAAAAAUGAGCAACUCAAAUGAGGAAAUUAGAAAACUGUUGUCUGACUCAACAGGAUCCUAGUUACGUCUUAAAAUAUAUCAAACUACUCACGCAGCAUGUCAUCAGAUUAUGCAUUUUUGAAACUGUUACACUGAAAAGACAUGCAUUCUUCUACACAUGUAGUUUCCUCCUUAAAACUGAGUAAAGAUGUCCUGAGUAAUCUAAGUUUUGUCUGUCAGUGAGGUUGUUAAAUGCGAAGUAAAUUGUAUAAACACACUCUGCAUUAUGGAUCACAUUGUAACAGUACUGGGGUAUGUCAUUUCUUGUUUUAUAUUUAGUCAUUUCAUUUGAUAAUAUGAUGUUAGUUUUUCUAGGUGUCUCAAUAUUUAAAUAUCAUCUUGUUAGAUUUUCUUACAAACUCUUUUACUCUGCUGUGUUUGCUGCUGCAGCGACCUAAUUUCUCCACCGGGAUACUUAAAAUUUUAUGGACUCUUAUUAACUUUUUAUUACGCAAGUCUAAAAACACAAAUCCAUUCUCCCUUUUCCUCUCUAGAGCUCAGAGUCUGUCUCCCACUGACCAUCUUGCAGCCUUCUACCUGGCUCUACAGCUUGCUGUGUCUAGACAGGUAACAAUCGUUUGUAAACACAUCAAAACUAUGCAGCUGUGAGGCAUGGAUGCUAGCCAGUGGAACAUCAGGGAACAUCACGUGUCUCUGAGUUUACAUGAAACUUUUUAUCCCAACUGUAGAGAAACCUGUAGUUUGUAUAUGUGUGUAUGUAGAUUCCCGAGGCACUAGGCUAUGUCAGACAGGCGUUGCAGCUUCAAGGUGAUGAUGUCCACUCCCUUCACCUGCUCGCCCUGCUGCUCUCGGCUCAGAAACACUACCACGACGCUCUCAAUAUCAUAGAGAUGGCUCUGUCUGAAUAUCCUGAAAACUUCAAGUAAGAUUUACAGACGCCCAAAGCAUGCAAUUCAAAGCACUCUCUCUCUCUCUCUUCUUGUUAGUGUGUUAUCUUCUGCUUUUUGUGUGUUGCAGUCUGUUGUAUACUAAGGUGAAGUUGGAGUCAAUGUGCAGAGGACCAGAGGAAGCACUGCUCACUUGUAAACACAUGCUGCAGAUCUGGAAGAGCUUCUACAACCUUACCAACCCCAGGUACGCACAUCCAGACAAAACAGUGCCAAGGUUCUAUGCCUGGUGUGUGUUGUGGUUUCCGCCAUUCGAAUCAAUAAUCAGAUACACAAGGUCGCUUAGAUAAGAGCGAGGAAUGUCUUUGCAAGUGAAGGCAUGAUGUGUAAUGAGUGAAUCAGUUGCCUAGGUAAAAAACACUGCAUUAUAAGCAUUGAACUCAAUGAACUGGUGUUUCUGAAUAAUCACAAGCUGUGAAUAGCUACCAGAAGUGUAUUAUCAUUCCCCUGAUAGAGAACCACUCAGUCUCACACUACUGGGCUUUGAUUUGGAAGUAAAGCUGACAGAUCAAACACAGGACAGCCAGGAGACAGCUGUUUGUGUCCCUGCACACCAAAUGUCAGUGUUUGUGUCUUUUCAAUUCAUAUUUAUUUAAUUUUCGAAAGGCUCAAAAUGGGGAUCUUAAAAAAUUAAGAGUCUGCCUUCAAACAUAUUCAAUUUUAUACAAGCAAGAGGUUAGGAUCUACAAAGCAGAUAUGCAAAAGAAAAAGAGUUCAAAUCAAGUGCAGAGAAGCAGUUGUUGAUUGAUUUACAAUGAUUUACACUUCAUCUCUGCAUGUUCGUAUCCUACAGGUCAAAUAACCCAAUGAGACACAUUCAAACACAACAAUCAUUGACAGUGUGUUGUUAACAGAACUUUGUCUGUAAUCCGCUUUAAAAUAAUCCAUUAUUUACCAUGGAGAGGUAGUAUUUUGUACAGUCUCCUUUUGUCAGCGAUGAGAAGUAAAUAUUAAAGGGUCACCAUUCAUGCUUUGUUUAUUUGUUUUUGAUUCAUCCUCUGUUUUACAGGUAAUAGUAAAAAAGAGGUAGAAGGGUUUUGUAAAUCAGACUCAGCCACUUUAUAUACCGGUGUGCACUCAAGGAUAGUCAGUCAGAGUUUAUGUUCAGGUCACAAUGGUGAGAGAGGCGUGCACAAUCACUGACAAACCUCAAAGCACAAUGAGAAACAGUGUUCGAAGACUGGAUUGGUGAAAGCCCCCAUAUACAGUACAAUGCUAUAAAGCAAUGUAAAGAGAUAGGAUCUGUUUUUUAUUGAGUAAUAGUUUAUCUUCAAUGUUUAAUCACUCUUUCAAACGUCACUUCUUUUUAGAUGAGAAGUUUUUGUAGAGUUAUACUCUGUCUUCAUUGCGUCUGUGUUUAAACAUGUUUGUGUCUGUGGCAGUGACUCGGGGCGUGGUAGCAGUUUGUUGGACAGAGCUAUAGCAGACAGACGACAGCUGAACGCCAUGACUCUACCUGAUUUUAGCGAUCCUGAGACAGGUAGACACACACACACACACACACACUCACACACAAUCCAUAAAACAUGUUUUUUUUCCCACUGGAACACAGCUGAAGGACAGUAUUCUUUUAAUGAACAUAUUCAGAUUUUCUCACCUGAGUAUGACGCCAGAGAGAAAUGAACAAAAGUUAAUUAUCUCCUCUCCUGUUUGGGAUAUUUGAGGCUGACAUAGAUAAGAGCAGAAGCAUUGAAGCAAAUAGUUAGUUAGAAAAUAAGACCAGCUUUAAUAAUGACUGCCAACCUGAAUUACUUCACAGAGUUAGGAACCCAGAAAACCCCACACAGGAUUCACUUUAUUUCAUUUUAACUUUGUUUUUUUAUUUAUUUUUAUUUUUACUUUUACAAAUUUAGUUUGCAAUAAUGAUUUUAUUGUGAAAUUGGCACCAAAGAUUUGGCUUCCUGUUUCUUAUUAUUGACCAACUCUCCCUUCAAAGGAAAUUUCAGUAGAAAAUGUGACCUCACUCUUUUGUUAAAUGUCAUGGUCAUGGACGGCUUCAGCAUUCUCAUUUUUUUUAUUUUUGUCUUUGUUGUGUUUGAUAAGUUGCUGCUGUUUUGAGAAGGUUCAAAAAUGUAGAAUUUCAUAAAUACUGUUUCUCAUUCGUUGAAAAUGUUGAAUACUGAGGAACAGUGAAUUUUUAUUUUUAUUUUUUUUCAAAUAUUUUUCUUGUUUGAUUUCACUCAUUUCUGUUUUAUUUCCUAUUUGUCUUUAUAGUCUCAGGUUCCUCAUCUUCUCACUCUGGUUCUGAACUGGUCUUCCCUGCCUCUCCAUCCACCCUUUCCUCCCUCUCCUCGCCACUGUCCUCCCCCACUUCCCCUGUCUUCAUCCUACAACCUCCUCCUCUCCCCCCACCAAAAAACCCAUCCUUCUUCCCUUCGUCUUCUCCUCCCGCUGCUCUUUCUCCUCCUCCUGCGCCCACCAAGAUCAGGACUUACUCCUUUUCCAAUGCAGUCACUCUUCGCCAGCGCUCCUCCUCUAGUAAUCCGCCUCCACAUAAACUCAGCCUUUGGCAUGGUGUGAAGAGUGACAGAGAGGAAUACACAAAGUUUCUGAGGGAUUGGCUCAUUGAGGAGGUUGCAAGUUCUGUGAUGAGAACAUUUCCAAAAUGUUUAGGGAUCUGCUCCAAGUUAAACAGAACAUUGUUUGAUCUUAGUACUUUAGCAAAAGCCUAGAAGAAGAUAAGGAAAUGUCAGCUGCUCAGUGUAAAAAAUUCAGAAACAUGUGAGACUGUAAAAACGCAUUUCAUUAUGGUGUAGCAGUAUCUAUCAUUCAAUGAUUCUAAAAGCCAAUGAGUCUCAGCUCCAAGGCCACAAAUUUAACUGUUAUUUCAUGCUAAAAAUACCUAAACACAGGAAAGACUCUUAGGGCAGUAAACUUUCCGUAAGCUUUAUUUGAUCCACAAGCAAAUACAAAUGGCACCAGGGUGGUGUAAGGUUUAAUUGAUUCAUAAAUUAAAGGCCAGUUCCCAUGUUUACGGUAAUGGAGGCAAAUACCACUCAGUGCAAUAGUGUGAGUCAUCCAUGUUCUUUUAAUUUGUUUUAAUACAGCCAGAGUUCCUGUGACAGAGGGAUAAGAACACUGAGUGAUGGUCUCUAUUUGAGAUACUUUAUUUAUUUAAGCAUAGACAUUAUGGAUAAGUGUCAUUUAUUUCACAUGGUCCUUAACCUCAUUUAGGACUAUUAAACUUUGUUCCUUUGUGGGAAACAAAGAUGUAGAUGGGAUCGUUGGAAAUCAAUGAUUAACUGUCCCUUUUAGCAAAGCUCCUACCAACCUGUGUGAAUAAAAUACAUGACCUCUGUGCCUCAUUUUACUGGAUGCUCCUAAGUGCAAUAGCUUGAAAUUAUUAGUGUGAACAUUUUUAAUAAGCCCCUAACGGAAUGGGAAAUAUCAAUAUUGUAAAAUUUGCCUAAAGGCAAGAUUUAUGCGGCCUGAAAAUGAGCCAAGACUGGAAGAUUUAGAUCCUGUGUUCUUAUAAAAUGUACACAACACAGUCAAACCAUGCAAGUUUAGCAGUUUUCAUGUAGACAACAGCUACAAGUACAAUAUGUAUAAAAGUAGAAGUUGACCAACACUGAUUCCAAGAAAAAACUAGAGAUAACAUGUAAAAUGUGGAGGAAAAACAGAACAGUUUGAAAAUCAUCUAAACCCUGUAUUUGAAAAAAAAAUGUAAAGACAACCUAUCUAAUAUUGUUGCCAGUAAGUGUUUAAAUGUAAAAUAAAGACUAUUUUUAAUUUGAUGACAGCAACAUUUUGUAAAAAGUCUGGACAGGGACACAUUUACUACUUUGCCCUUAGACACCAUUUUGGAGGAGACAAGUUCCUGAAGUUUUGAAAAAAGAGUGUUGUCUCAUUCUGGAAACAUCAGGAUGUUUUGAUAAAAGAUUUCAGCUGCUCAACUGUCAGAAUGCCUUUGUUGUGCUUCUUUUUUUCAUGAUGCAUCAAAGGGUUUCAGCAGGUGAUGAGUUGAGACAGAGGACAGGCCGGGUUAGCUCAGAGCUUCAUGCUGUUGCAAUAUGUGCAGAAUGUGGAUUGGCAUUGUCUUGCUGUAUUGUACAUGAUCUCCUCUGAAAAAGUCUUUGUCUGGUUGGCAACAUAAGACAGCAUUCAGCAUUAAUGGAGUCUUCCCAGAUGUGUGAGCUACCCUUGCUAUAAGUACAUGUGCAUCCCCAUACCAGCUGGCUUAUGAUGUGUAAGCUUCAAACAAGCAGGGUUUUACCUCUCCUAUUUAGAGUGGAGGACAUGUUGUCCAGGAUUUCCAAAAAGGAUGUCAAAUUUAAAUUUGUCUGAUCAGAGAGCAGUUUUGAGUCUCUAGAUCAUGGGUGUCAAACUCUCGCCUGGUUACUCUUGUGUAAUUAUAUUUGGCCCGUGAGCCAAUACCAAAUGACUACUAGAGCUGGUCCACCGGUAUUAUACAGCACAUUCUCUAAUACUACAAAUCCCAUAAUGCUCUGCUGUUGUUUUGGCACGUCAAACAGGACAGGACCCUGAAAUGCCCUCUCCUCUGUGACAGUAGUCAUAGCGACCUCAUACUACAACGAUCACUGUGUUACCCCUUCCCAAAACCUUUGCUCAAUACUGAGGUUUUCCUCAGCUCAGAGCCUAAGCCCAGACAUCAAUGAACUAGCAUCCAAGAAGAGAUGCCAGGUAUCUGGCUUGGGCACAUCAGAUUAGAUCAGUGUGUAGCAAACUGAGCAAUAAUUAACGUUUUCAUUAUGCACUUUUUCUUGCUACUCCAAGGCAGGGGCUUGAAUGGUUGAUUCAUUUAUUAUUGUUAUUUUUAAAUUUAUUAGCUAUAAGUUUAUUUUUAUAGUUAAAUCAGAAGGCUGCAAAUAGAAAAUAGGCAUACAAUUUUUAUUUAAAUUUUAUUUAAUAAAUGAAUGCCAUUGAUGUGUUUUUUCAUUUGACAAUGUUUGGGUCCAUAUUAAAAGGUUAAUUUGUUCAACAUUGGCCCGUGACUUUGUUCAAGUUUUAAAUUUUGGCCUACUUUCGUAAUUGAGCUUGACACCCCUGCUCUAGAUCAUGUUUAUACAUGGUUCUCUCUUUACAUGGUACAGUUCUAACCCACAUUUGUGGAUGUAGCUACACAGUGUUAGCAAAUGUUACGUUUUGGAAGUGAUUUUGAGCUCCAAAAAAAACCAAAAAACUCUGAUAACGUCAUAUAUAUAUAUAUAUAUAUAUAUAUAUAUAUAUAUAUAUAUGUAUAUAUAUAUAUAUAUAUAUAUAUAUAUAUAUAUAUAUAUAUAUAUAUAUAUAUAUAUAUAUAUAUGUGUAUUUAUUUAUUUUCUUGUGUAACAGGGACAUUUCUCGGUUUCAACAUUUGAUGUGUUUUCUGUCCUCUGUAUCCAAUCAAAUGUAGGCUCAAUGGGAUUUGCAGACUAUCAAAUGCUGUUUAUACCAACAUUUUACACUGAGUUUUAGUUUAACUUAGCAGCUCACUUUUCUUAGACCUUUCUUUGGUGCUCGCUUGAAGCACUAGUAGAUAAUUUUGGUAUUUUCUCAUCACUGCCACAACCAAUGACCCAACAACCCAAUUUGCUCCUUCUAUGACUUAAAACACAAAGCAAGUCUUGAGUUUGACCAGAUGUCUAAACCUCACAAGCAUGGCCAACACACAUAUAUAUCCCAACCCACUAAUCCAUAGGAAGAACACUGUGUGUUUUUAAGUCCGAAAUAACCUCCUUCCUGCUAUUAGCCUGAUGUUAAUCUGUGCAUGUAAACUUGCAGAUGAUUUGAAUACUGAUCUGAGUGUUGUUGAACCUUAAAGAACUUUAGAGGGUUUUUCUGUAAUUAACUUCACAAACACAUCUCAAACUCCAAAGUUAUUGAUCAGUUGGGAUCAUUUUGAACGUUUCUGGCUUUAGAGUCUCAGGUUUAUUUGCUUUUACCCCGUCUGUUCGUGUCCUGGUUCAGCUAACAUCUGUAUUCUCCCCUUUUUCUCCUUCCCUUGUUUUCUCUGCAGAUUUAUCAUAAGGCCAUCUUUAAUUUGUCUUGAUACAAAUUCCAACUUUAUGUCAUCUCUCCUGCUAAUGGUGUUUGUUAUUAAAAAUAAUGGAUGUUCUUUUCAUGAAUAAUUCAGCUGCUUCAAAAAACAUGCAGUUUUUUUUUUCUUCUUCCUUAUUUUCUCGGUCAGCCUGAGAACAUUUACAUUAUUCAAAGCUGUGAAAGUACAUCCACUGCUGUGAUUGUGGAGUUUUGAAUUGUACCAGAUGCUUUGGUAAAUAUAUUUGUGUAUUACUCUGGCGGUUUAGCACUUUUCUCAUGCUUUGUUAGGCAGAUCAAAAGCUCCAUGAGUUAUAUACUUGGUGCAGACAUUUCGAAUUUAAACCAACUGCAACAAAAUGCUGCAUCAAUGAUAAUCUGCUCUGUGCCUCAUUUUGAGAAUAUGUUUCAAGUUAAUAUCCUGAGCUAUGAAGCAGGGGAAGAUAAGCCUCUAUCAGCUUUUUGUCAUGUAAACUCUCUGGCUCUAAUGAUUACAGAUUACAGAGUAAAAAGGCGUAAGUGGAAACAUCUGGUCUCAUCCGAGUAAUCUGCAGAGCUACUUGACGAAUGGAAAUUUUCUCCUUGUGUUCUACUCUCCUCCUUUUGGAAUCAGCAUUCUUUUCUGUCAUUAUAAUUUGGUUAUUUCUUCUCUGCCUCUUUCUCUCUUUUAAUCAUUAACAAUCGUCUUUCUGUUUUUUUCACAUCCCUCCGUUUUUCAAGGCGGCCUUCAGGACGCUAACACUCUUGGUUUUUCCUCCAUGUUUUCUGUUUGUAAGUAGCCAUCUAACCCCCAUCUGAUCUUCCUUUUUUUCAUCCAUUGUUCUCUUCAUCGUUUGGUCCAUGAAGACCCUCUUUGUUCUUGACAAGGUCCCCAUAUAUGUACAGUAUUCAUACCAAGAAAAUAUGUACAUAUAUCCCCCUGCUUUAACUUCGUCUGCAGCCAGUUUACAGGAGAAUUGUUCUGAGUUGUUUUCAUGUUGACAGUAUUUGAUUUAAAGGAAUACAACGACUUAGAGGGAAAAGGUGAUGAGCACACAAAAAUCUCACCCUUUUUUUAGAAUAAAGACAUAUGAACAUGUUGAAUUUGCUGGAAAUUUGCUGCAUUGCUUUCAUUUUCCAAGAUAUUUAGUUGAUGGAGCUACAGACAGAUCAGUGAGUCCAACAUGUAAAUACAUUUCUGCCAGUUAGAAAGGAAAGAAAACGCUCAGAGUGACAUCUGAAAAGAGAGUAAGGAGCAGCUUCCUAAUUGAAGCACUUACUAGAUUCAUCCGAGGCAUGAGAGGAAAAUCACUAAUGAUGUUAUGAAUACUAAUAUUUUAUUUUUGUGUCCUCAAAAGUGCAAGGUCCUGAAGGAAGAUGAAUAAGUAGCUGCAGUGAUGAAAAUCCUGGAGAGCGAGCGAGAGAGAGAGAGAGAGCGAAGUUUGCAUUAUUAUGUCCUUUUUUAUCUGUCAGGAUUACAUUUUUACACACUCAAACAGGAGAAUUCACCAAUUUUCUGCAAAUAAAUUUUGCAUAAUGCUCGACUAACCAGCUUCUUGUAUGGUGGCUGAUGGUGUUGUGUUCCUGUAAGUCAGUGUAUUCCUUUAGUUCAUUGAGCAGCUUUGGUGCAUGUGUUGCUGUGUGAGCUGUCCACAUUUAGGCACAAGACACAGCAGGGAACUACUCAGCAACACUUGAACAAAUCUUUAAAUUUUAUGAGUGACAACUUAUUUUUGUAAAAAUGAAACAAUGUUGUUGUUUUUUUUCUAUUUUUUAAUCAGGUUUUAGAAACAUUUAAAAUACAAGGGACACAAAAUGGAAAAAGCGAAAGGAAUCCUUGUGAAUUUAUUUAGCGCUACUUCUUCACUCAUUUCUCUGAUUUAAACUUUUCCUGCUCUUCACUUGGACCCCUUUCUGUCUGUAUGUGAUGUGGGACCUGCAAUGCAUGAUUCAGUUAAACAGAGUGAUGUUCAGGGAAGAGGAAUUGUAUUCACUUGAGCACAGGUCUGUCAGAUUCUCAUAAAUACAUUUUAGGCUUACAUGUCCUUUUCAACAUGCUGUUACAUCUUUGGCCACUGUACAAAUCCAGGCUGCUGCAUGUUGGCAGUUUAAGACAUGACCUCUGACAAUGUGCCCAUUAAACCACGCCACUGUACUUCACCUUUACUCCUGUUGAGUAUGACGUAGCACAAAUGACAGAGACAUCUUUUCUUUAUGACCGCUGAUCCAGAAGUCAGCAACACAUUUACUCCCUUUGUACAACAUGCAGAGUGCUUUAAAAUCUCCAACUUUUCAUUUGAUGCCAAGCAUGCUAUAAUGGAGCAAAAGUAUGGCAGAUAAGUGCAUGGGAGGUGUUUUGUCACAUGAAGCUUCUGUAGCAGUGAAGAGUUCAGCCCAUUGCACUGGUAUACCAAAACACAGACUAUUUUAUGUUUCCUCUUCUCUGUUGUCUAACAGUUUUUAUAUUGUUCAGGAUGUGAAAGCAUCAACUUAACAUCAGAAAUCAACACAAACCUAUAGUAUAAUUCUAAAUGUUUAAAUCAGUGCAGCAGCUGUAUCAGAAUUAUUGCAUUCACUAAAGAGUGAAAAGUUUAUUAUAAUUGUGAAGAAUUUUGUGUCUCACUCAGAGUCACAUUGAAACAAAAGAAGAUAUUUAUAUGACAACAGCACAUACUAGACAAAAAGAAGAUGGCAGAUGAGCUGCACAUUUAGAAAAUUUAGGUAUAGUUUUUGUUUAUUAGUAACACAUUAAGAAAUGUUUGGAGGUGCAGCAGAAACAUCCUACUAUCCUCUGCUUUCACAGAUCUGCAGUCCCUAUUGCUGGCCAUUUUGCGUCCCUGUAGUAAUCUGAUGUCAUUCAACGCAGAGACAAAAUCCAAGGCACACUUCCUUCACUUACUAAUCAGCAGAGUGCAGACUGGUGCAGUGUAUAUGCAUGGCGGUGCAGAAAUUAAUUCAUUUUAACCUGGUUAAUCCCGGGCCAUAACACCGUGUGCUGCAGCGUGUGGAAUGGUGUGGACUGAUUAAAAGCUUUAGUGCAGGAACAGGAAACUGUGUGCCAAUGUGGGCCCAGAGUUUUGAGCUUCAUUACUGCACCCAAACACUCCAGAUUUCACUGCUCCUCGCCUCUGUCUGAAGUUGUGGAUCAUUGAAACCUGCUGCUGUGUUUGGUUGAGUUUAAAUCCUGCAUUGUGGCACAUGGCUGCCUAACGCUGCUGUCGUAGAAGUAAGUGUUUACCUUUUGGAGAUGUGUGCGUAACGCUUUGAUUCUCUCCCUUUAGGUUCAGUUCAUGCUACAUCCAUCGCAGCCAGUCGUGUGGAGCAGGCUCUGUCUGAGGUCGCCUCCUCCCUGCAGAGCAGUGCCCCCAAACACGGACCUCUGCACCCCUGGAUGACCCUGGCUCAGAUCUGGCUGCAUGCAGGUAUUUAUAUGUACAUACAUGGGAAUUGAAGUACCAACCAUCCCCCUUUCCCUCACCCUUAGACUGUGAUUCCUGUCCAACUACACCCACCAACAGAACUAUGUGGUGUUAAAGAAAUUCACCAAAAUACUGAAUACUUUUAUCUUUCCAGAGCUUAAAAAUCCUCUAAAUAAAUAAAAAUCCGAAGUACUUCAUCUCUGUCUGUCUUUGGUUAAUAAAAACACUGAAUAGUUUAUCUCUUCAGCCCCUCAACAACAUUGAAAUAAUCAAUACUAGGGUUGUUUUAUCUUUUCAAGCCUUUUUUAUUGUGAAUGUUAGUGAAACUGACUCUCCUUGUUGCUUUUAUUUCUUGUUGAUUCAAUGGGAAGAGGUUCAUAUUUUAGAGAUUUGACAAUCUUACAUAAAUACCCUUUUAUUACAACACAUUUAAUGUUGAAACUGGAAAUUUGUAUUAUUUUAUGAGAAAAAGUCACCUACUUCUUUUAAACCUCCAGAGUCUUAUUUAGAAGCAGUUAAGUCAAGGGCAUGUUUAUCCAGAGCUCUUUUCUGGACUUAUGAAAAUGAAAUGUCCCAUCCUACACUGAUCCAAGAUUUCAGCUGGUCAACAAUUUGGGGUCUCCUUUUGGUGAGUUUCCUUGUGUCACAUGUUUUUACCGGUUGACAAGUUGGAACUUCUAGCAGGCCAAUUAAGUACCAAGACUCCUCUACUUUAAAGCCAUGUUAUUAUAAUACAUGUGCCAGGUCUGUCCUGAAAAUGGAAUCAUCUGGAUGGCAGUAUGUGUGGCUCCAACACCUGUAUUGUUCUGCAUUUAUGAUGCCCUCCCAGAAAUAAAUUGGUCACAGGACAGUACGUACAUUGUUCUCUCCUUGCAUAGUGCAGAUUUAACAUGCAUUUGUGGAUACAGCCAGAAACUUUGUUCACAGAUGAUGUUUUUUGGAAGUGUUUUGAGCUCAUGCUAUGAUUACCAGCCCUGCGAUGAACUGGCAACUUGUCCAGGGUGUCCCCUGCCUUUGCCCAAAGAUGCUGGGACAGGCUCAAGCCCCCACGCGACCCCGGGAACGGGAACAAGUGGUAGAAAAUGGAUGGAAAUGAAAUGCUGUAAUUACCACCACAGAGUCGUGUCUUUUUUUAGCAAUUAUUUACAAAAUGAUUGGCAAAGCAUCAAAAUCUGUUUUCAUUAACACUAACCCAGCUUUUCUUUGGUACAGGGUUGUAAAUAUGGUCGGUAAGUUCUAUAUGCUCCAAGGUCAGCAUUUCAAAGGGGGAGCUUACAGACAUAUUGAUUAGGGUCUCGAUAGGAUAUAGAUAUAAAUAUCAGCCAAAAAACAAAUAUCAGAUUAAACUGGCCUGCAUCUAAAAUCUCCGAUAUCAUCAUUCCGAUACAAACAGUCCAUUUCAGACUCCACUCCAGCACCUCUAGGUAGCAGCUCCUGGAUCCAGCAUGCAGAGCCCAUGUAAUCACAACAACAGUGUGUACUAAGGUACUAACAAAGUAGCAAGGAGUAAGAGUGAUGUCGGCUGUGUGGCAGUGUUUUUUGUUUAAGUCCAAAAAAGACAUUGCAGCUGAGUGCAAAACUUGUCAUGCACAAGUUUGUGCCAAUAUCAGAUCAAUAUCAGUAUCAGCCGAUACUGAAGGCUACAAUAUCGUUAUCGUAUCGAAAGUAAAAAUGAGUUGUAUCAGGACACACCUAAUAUUGGUACUCAUUGAUCACUAAGUUCCUGGUACUUCCCCUCCAUCACAUACUGCAAUGCGCCAGUCCCUCAACCUUACAAUUUUACUAUAAUGACACACAUGACAAUCUUUCUUAGAGCAUCCACUAUAUUAUGCAACCAGCUGAGUGCUAGGGUAGCAUUUGGCUGCAGUUUUUAAGUCCUAAAAUCAGAUCAGAUUAAAUUUCUUCUGGAGUAAAGUGGAAUCCUGAUUCUCAUUUUUGCAUCAGCUGUAGACACAAACAUCAACAAACUGUAGAGUAUACAGAUACAUAAACAGAUGGAGAUAGAGAGAACACACACACACACACACACAAACAGAAGUUGUUUAUGUCCUUGUUUAUCUGUCCAGCUGCUUCCUGAUGUAGGUGGUCAUUUCCAGCUUGGCGACACAGCUAAUGUAAUCAUCCAAUCACAAGACAGACAAGCAGGCUGUUCAGAGCCGCUUCCUGUCCAUCUCAGUCUUUGUUUGUAUCUUUCUGUCUUCAUCAUGUCACCAUGUUGAAUGCACUGGCUGACCUUUACUGAUGCAACUUAAGAGGAUAUUUUUAUCAUACUUUCUCACUGCUGGGACUCUUUAUCUCAGCACCAUCCUCAUACAAAACUCCAACACUCUUUUAGUUUUCUUUCAUGACGCAGAUUUUAAGAGUAUUUCUCACUGUAACUCAUUAAAGUGUGACCACUGAGAAUCAUGUGUUUGCUUAUAACAGGCUAAGAUUAAACAUCGCACAAAUGUCAGUGCAACACAGUGAGACCCAGUUGUUGCAGCUCCUGUGGUUAGUUUUUAGUUUGUGUCAUUUUUAAUCACCAGGCAAAAUAAUAAAAUCAUCUGUCACCCCUCAUGUCACUCAUUGUGAAGAUUUUCUGGGGAAUUGUAAACAAAAACACUUUUUUUUCUGCAGUAUCACUUAGUCUGAAACCAACCCAAUUUAAGCAAAUGCAGGUUUUUAUAAAGAAAUCUUGCUUCUGACGAUCAUUUUUGAUCAUUUCAGUCUGAAAAGCUUCUCAUGUAAGCGUUAUUAAACAUUGCUGUCCUGAGACAAGAAACACUUUUGAACUUGCUCUGUUUAAAGUCACCUGAUACCAUUGAUGAAAGCAGUAGUUUUAUGCUGCGGAGCUUGGGAAAAGUUUGUUUACCACUGCCUCAACCACUUAGGUUUCUUUGCUGUUUUAUUGUGUUGGAUCUAAACUAAUCUUUUAAGCCGCCAAAAUCCCACAAAACCACAACAACAAACUGAUUAAGGCAGCUGUAGCUCUCAGGUUAUGUAAGGUAAAAUAAUUGUUUUUGUUAACAGAGUCUGGUGGCUUUGAAGAGAUUGAGUCUGAACAACUCUUACAUCAACAGAAAGGUUAUUCUUCCCACAGUAUAAGACACUCAAAUAUCCACCAAGCCUCUUAGUGGCAAAAACAAAUCAAGGCAGAUGGCUGUACUGAUCUGGGGAGAUGUAAAGAAGUUUUAUUGCGCCCAGUACUGCCCAUUUACUCGUGUUGUUUUGAGACUUUUUCUACCUGAUCGAGACCCAUUAGUAUGUAACAACAGGGCACAAGUUCAUAAAUAUUGAUCCCCCUUGGACACAAGAUCUACUGCACUGUUUAAAUGUCAAUACAACACAUCAAUUCAAUUGUUUAAAAUUCAAAAAGCGGUGGGAAUGCACCCUCUUUAUAUAUCAGAAAAAACAGUCCUAAUUUUAUCAGGAGGGUGUUUUAUAUAGACUUUGUUUUAGGUGCUUUUAACGAGCUACAAGAUGACUCAACAGAAACCCUGGGUUUCAAAAGCGAUGCAUACUUUCAGACAGGGACUUGUUGCACUCACAGUUCUCUUGUCAUUUCUGUGAUGUUUUUUUUUUCCUCGUCGUCUGUAUUUCUCUCAUAGCUGAGGUGUACACCGGUAUGUCUAAGCCCGCUGAGGCCACAGCCUGCACUCAGGAAGCAGCCAAUCUCUUCCCCACGUCCCAUAAUGUGCUCUACAUGAGGGGGCAGAUAGCAGAGCUGAGAGGCAACACGGACGAGGCCAAACGCUGGUAUGAGGAAGCCCUGUCCAUCAACCCGACACACGUCAAGACCAUGCAGAGACUGGUAAUACACAAAUGCUGUGAUGUGCUGUGAUGUUCUGUGAUGUUCUGUCCUUGUGACGGUCUCUUGAGAACUUAACAAAUCUUGUCCUGUCUGCCUGCUGUGUCCUUAAAAGGUUUGUUUGUUUUAUGUAAUCAGCCUCAGUCCUCUGGGACAGCUACACUGUCCCCUCUCUGCGAAGAGAGGGGACACUAUCUCUUUUUUCUCUGCUUUAUUAUUGGCUCAACCUCAUUAUGGCCACUGCACCCUCUGCUCACAGAAGAGACCAUAAAAAUUUUAGAGAGCAUUUUGCACCAGAGAUAACUAAUCGUGCUUUAUUCCACCAAAGUUAAUAUCCAUUAAUAUACAAGAUAGAGUUAUGCACUGAUGUGAAUAUAAGACUUUUUUUUUUUUUAACCUUUGAAAUACAUCUGGAUGAAGUGGGAUGGCCUUAUGUUCAGGAUUCAUUCAUUAAAGGUCUACAUUUGUUACUAGAGACAGUGCAACUUUUUUAUAAAGCAGGUGUGCCCUUCAUGACUGAGGCCAGUUGUCUCUCAUUGUGCCAGUGCCAGGGGGAAGAGAAAUGGAGAGACAAUGUGAUCAAAGUUGCUAAAAGGAGGACAAGUUAACUAAAAACUGAGUCAAAGUUUAGAUGCUUCGUUUAAAGUAAAUGGUUAUCAGUGCUGCAGAGACAUUAAAAAACUGCCAAACAGCCAAAAAGGUUGAUGUUUUGGGAAGAUAAGUCUCAUCUUAAAAUGCUGUACUUGUCCUGUACUUCAGUGCAUUUGCCUAUAAGUAAUAUACUGUCAUGACAAAUCAUGUUUUUUCUUCUUUGUCUGCGUCUCUGCUCUGCAGGGUCUGAUUCUUCACCAGCUGCAGCGGUACAGUCUGUCUGAAAAAGUCCUGAGAGAUGCUGUUCAGGUCAACAGGUAGAGGAGAGUGUGUGCUUCUGCAUCUGUCUGUGUAAUAUACUGAAUCUUUAGACUUCAGGGCACUUGUGUAAAUAUUCAUUUCCUUUUCUGUACUUGCCUCUUUUCUCUCACUUCACAUCCUCUCCUUUACUCCUUGACUGUCUGCACUUUUCAUCCCCUUUUUCCUUGCCUCCUCCUUUUUUUUCCCCAUUACUACCCUCUUUUUCCAAUCUACUCCUGUCUUUUCUUUUUUUUGGUCAUCCUCUCCCUCCUCUCUCGGUCCUCACCCUGACUUUUCUCCUUCCUCUUUCUCCCCCCUUCCUUGUCCUCAGUACGGCCCAUGAUGUGUGGAACAGCCUGGGGGAGGUCCUGCAGGCUCAGGGAAACGCUGCCGCCGCCACUGAGUGUUUCCUCACCGCUUUGGAGCUGGAGGCCAGCAGCCCCAUCCUGCCCUUCACCAUCAUUCCAAGAGCACUAUAAAACACUACACACACACACACACACACACACACACACACACACACACACACACACACACACACACACACACACACACACACACACACACACACACACACACUCUCUCUCUCUCUCUCUCUCUCUCUCUCUCUCUCUCUUUCUCUCUCUCUCCCUCUCUCAAACAGUUAUUGCCUCAGUACUUCAGCACAGUGGCACAAAUCAUGGAUACCCACACAUACACACACAGCAUGCCUGCAUGCCAAGAACACAAAGUUUUACUGCCAUAACUUCAGAUACACACUGUGUUAAAAUAUUAAACAAAACUACACACACGCACAUGCUGCCCCUUGUCCACAAAUCCUUCCCACAAUGCCUUGCUGUGACCAUUUCUGUGUGAGGGCAUGUGUCAGUGAGAUGAUUGGUUGCUUGUGUCUGUAAGUAUCCACCCAUGUCUGUGUAUGUGUGCCAAAGUGCGUAGUUGUGUGUGGUUGUGUGUGAUUUGUAGUACACUUUGAAUGUGUUUGUUGUUUCAUCCCCUUCAAAGAUGUAAAUAAUGUUAAAUUUCAGUUCUCACUCUACCACCACUUAGCAGUCAGAGAAUCCAAGAGUUUACAUUUUGUUUACAUGAUAAGUCCAAAAAUUCACACGCUCUGUUUCACUUUUUUUUCACACACACAAACAUCCAGCAGAUGGGACGAAAAUAAAAGGAUGUGCAGAUCA